AUGCUCAUGCUCAGCCGGCGGGACAAUUGCCAGCCGCAGCAGGUCGACUGUUGGUGGCAGUCGGCGACCGGCGAGGCGACCGGCGGGGCGACCGGUGGCGGCAGAGCCGGCGGCGGUGACGGCGGCGGGCGACCGGUGGUGGGGCGACCGGCGGCGGCCGGCGACCAGCGGCGGCUGGGCGACCAGUGGUGGGCGACUGGUGGGGCGACCGGUGGGGCGACUGGCAGCGGCUGGGCGACGGUGGCGGCGAUGGGCGGUGGGUGGUGGUGGGGCGACCGGUGGUGGUGGGCGCGGUGGGACCGACGGGGUGAUCGGUGGUGGCCGGCGACCGGCGGCGGCCGGGCGAUCGGUGGGGCCGGACGACCAGCAGCGGGAUGA